UUUCCCUUCUUUACUCCGUUAAACACGUGCGCGCGCGCGCGCGAUCGCAGUUUAAAAAACCCGUUUGUGACUCAUUUUGCCGCUCAUUACGUAAGCCUGGCCUGGGCCGGCCAAAACCAUCUCGCCAAACAAGAUCUUCGCCUGCUUUGUGUGGUAGGAGGGAAAAAAACACAAUCUCGAGUGGUGCAAAGGUGCUAACCGCAGUUGACGCUGGUUUCAAGCGCGAAACCAUGCGCGACGUCAAAAAGCACGUGUGCCGUAAGGAAAGUGUGAGCGUUCGGUGUGUGUGUGUGUGUGUGUGUGUGUGUGUGUGUGUGUGUGUGUGUGUGUGUGUGUGUGUGUGUGUGUGUGUGUGUGCGUAGGCGUAAACGGUAGCAAGCCGGGCGGACGGCGAGCAAUUGAGAAAAUUGGCUGGCGCCGGCCCUGCAGUUGGUUUAUUUCGAAAGUGGACAAAGCACGCGCAGUGCUUGUUGAUUAUUGGUGACCGAUGGUAGUAGUGCGCGCAUGGAAGUGAUAUUGAAACCUUAAAGUGGAGAGAGGCGUUUGGGUAUUUCCGAUGGUGUAGCUUUUCCAAUAUAGUUUUGUGGAUUUUCAACCAUGAAAUAAAAACAGUCCGUUAGCAGUGUUACUCAAGAUUUUCGAAAAAUGCACUUUGGAAUUUGUCAUCACACUACGGUCGAUCUGAAAGCACCCCAAUCCACCACCGCCAGCGACGAAAAGCCACCACUUCGGGAGAAAUGGGGCCGCAACAUCGAGUUCCUACUCUCCUGCGUCGCCCUGUCCGUUGGCUUCGGCAAUGUGUGGCGCUUCCCGUACACAGCGUUCAAGAACGGUGGCGGUGCAUUCGUCAUCCCGUACCUGAUUGUACUGUUCAUCAUCGGACGCCCGAUCUACUAUCUGGAGAUGGUGCUGGGUCAGUUUUCCAACCGUGGUUGCGUUAAGGUGUACGACCUAGCACCUGCCAUGCGUGGUAUCGGUGUCGGUCAAACGGUUGCCAUCUUCACCGUCAUCACCUACUAUGCGUCGGUGCUGGCCGUCACCCUGCGGUACCUGGUUGCCUCGUUCAAUCCCGAGCUGCCCUGGGCUAAGUGUGACCCAACCUGGCCGGACUGUGUCGAUUCUAGCCGGCUCGGUAGCAUUGCCCUUGGACCGAACGUAACGCAACCGAAAACCUCUGCCGAUCUGUACUUCCGCAAAACGGUAAUGCAUGCCGCUGACUCACUGGACGAUGGGUUGGGAUAUCCCGACUGGCGGCUGGCACUAUGCCUAGUCGCUUCCUGGAUUUGCAUCGUGGGCAUCCUGAUCAAAGGCAUUAAGAGCUCCGGCAAGGUGUCGUACUUCCUUGCCAUCUUCCCGUACAUCAUCAUUGCCGUCCUGCUGGUGCGCUCUCUAACGCUUGAAGGUGCCUGGACGGGCAUCAAAUACUUCUUCGAACCCCAGUGGGACAAGCUGCUCACGAUCGAAGUGUGGUACGAAGCCGUCACCCAGUGCUUCUUCUCGCUGACCAUCUGCUUCGGUGGACUGAUCGUAUAUUCGUCCUUUAACGACUUCUCCAACAACAUCUACCGCCAUGCGCUGAUCAUAACCUCACUCGACACUGUCACUUCACUGGUGGCCGGGUGCGUUGUGUUCGGUGUGAUUGGUCAUCUAGCUCACGUCACCGGUCAGUCGGACAUCUCCAAAGUCGUCCAAAGUGGCCCAGCCCUUACCUUCAUCACCUACCCGGACACGAUCGCCAAGUUUGACUUUCUGCCGCAGUUCUUCUCGGUGCUAUUCUUCUUCAUGCUGUUCCUGCUCGGCAUCGGUACGCUGAUCGGUAUCGUAACGUCCGUGAUUACCGCCAUCCACGACCAGCGGCCGGACAUUGCGCGAUGGAAGAUCGUGAUCUCGGUCGGGCUAGCAGGGUUCUGCAUUGGGUUGGUCUACAUCACACCGGGUGGUUUGAUCAUACUGGAGCUGCUGGAUUACUACGGCGCCACGCUGGUAACCAUAACGCUGGCCGUCUUCGAGCUGCUCACCUUUGCCUGGAUCUAUGGCGUGAAUCGGGUCUGCAAGGACAUUGAGUUCAUGCUCGGCAUCAAGACGGGCCUGUUUUGGCGCGUUUGCUGGGGCAUCGUGACGCCUAUCACGGUGCUGUUCAUCCUGCUCGUCAGCUUGGUCCAGUACAAGCCGCAGAAUGUCCCGCUCGGUUACAAUGCUCUCGGCUGGUGUCUGUACGCGUUUGCCGUUCUGCAGCUGCCCUGCUGGGCCGUUUACGCCAUUCUGCAGAAGCAGGGCCUGGUGUGGUGGGAUCGCUGCAAAGCCGUCCUGCGACCCAUGGCCGACUGGGGCCCGGAAGACCCUACCAAGCGGUCCGAGUACGGCACUUUCAUCGAGGAGUACAAACAGCAGUCGGUUACGAACCGCACCGGCAACCUGGUGGAGAAGGUUCGAAGAAAGCUGUUUAAGUAAUGGGCCGCGCGUAUUUGUAGAACUGUGAUUAAUUGUAACCCUAGCAUUGCGUGUGAUUGCCACUAAAUGUGUAAUAAAAAGAAUCUGUAUUUCUAUUUUUAAUAUUGAAACAUU